AGUGUUGGGAUUACUGAUGGCCGUCACGAAUCUACUUCGCUCUCUAUUCGGGCCGGCUAACAUAUCCAAUGCUGAGGAGGAGGAGGUCAAAUUACAGGAUGUGAGUCCAGAGGACUACCCAACUCCCCAGAAGUAUCUCGAAGGCGCCCCUAUUCCGAGCUGGUACUCGUUCCAGAGCAAUCUGGUCGGCGACAUGGACCUGAAGCCAGGCAUGGCCCGCAUGCUCGAGGUCGACAAGAGGCUGACUGUUCCCACUCGGACCCACAUAAGAUUCCUGAUCACAGGUGCUGAUGUUAUCCAUUCCUGGUCAGUGCCAUCACUGGGCAUCAAAUGUGAUGCUACACCCGGGCGCUUGGUGAAGAUCAACACCUUCAUCCAGCGUGAAGGCGUGUUCUACGGUCAGUGCUCGGAACUCUGUGGAACCCUCCAUGCAUUCAUGCCCAUUGUGGUCGAGGCGGUCAGCCCCGAGGCCUUCGCUGCUCACGCCAAGAAGUGGUAUAAGGACUAAUGUUAUCCCUCGUCCAGAGGGAAGAUCUGACACUAUUAUCCUUUUGAUAUUACUUACACUCCGAGGCCUGCCGCCCGGAGACAACGUGGGGGGGAAUCAUGUUUGCCCUUU